AUGGGUUGGACAUUCCGAAUUUUCCUGAGUAUUACAGGGAUCGUUUACGGCCAAAACAAAGACGUGGAUUCUCAUCCUAUCGUGGUUCCAAAGGCCACCCCCAGAAAUGCAGUUUCUGUCCCGGCAGACUUCUUCGGCUUUGGGUUUGAGUCUGGCUUUUUGCCACACUAUAACAAUGAAUUCUCCCACAACGUGGUCAGCUCAAUUCAAAAUCGCAUGAGCAAGCCAUUGGUCAUUCGAGUUGGUGGUACAAGCGGCGAUAAUAUCAUCGUUCACGAAGACCAAAAAGACGCCUCGCAUUGUACGUCCAAAUUCUGCACUAGCUUGAGCCAUUUCGAUGUGGGACCUAGUUAUUUCGACACUUUGAAGGGCUUCAGCAACGUGGCAUGGUCUAUCCAGGCGCCGAUGGGACCGCAUCUGGAUAUGACGAAUACAAUGCUCUACCUAAAACACGCCUGGGAAACACUCGGGAAAGACCGCGUGUCGGCUAUUGCACUUGGAAACGAGCCAAACUGGUACCACCUUCACGACAAAGGAUACGACUACGCAACCUAUACCAAGGAUGCGAUUGAAAUCGAAGACGCAGUCAUCAAGGAGUUUGGACUGAAAGGUGACGAGCGUCAAAUAUUCCAGGUUGGAGAGAUAGCCAGUGAAGCGGUGUCGUCAGAUUUCAAUUUGAUCGGAAUCCUGAAAGAUCGCCUUGGACAAAACGGCCGUACGAAAUACGCCGCCGAGCAUUUCUACCAACAUGCCGAGCCAGAAAAGGACAAAAGCUAUUUCUCCAUUCAACGACUUCAAGAGGUCUUAAUGAACCCCGCCAAUAUUCAGAAUCACCUGAAGCCAUAUGUUGACGUCAUCGAUUGGCUACGGGAGAAGAAAAAGCCAUACCCUCUUGUCCUUUCGGAGGUUGGAUCUGCCAUCGGUGGUAGCCCCCUCACUUUUGGUGGUUCCUUUGGGGCCGCUAUGUGGGCAGUUGACUUUCACCUGGCGGCCAUGGCCCAUGGAGUACAGAGGGUAUGCAAUACCAUGGGACCGGGUGCCACUCAUGCGUUCUGGGAACCCGAUAAUUCUGGGCGUCAAGCUAAAGGUCCGGCUGUCAACGGAAUUUUCCCGGCAGCUGCGUAUAUUGCCGACUUUGUGGGCAAAGACGACGGCCUGGGUAAAGUCACUGAGCUCAUCUCCGGUGUUGAAUCCCUCACCGCAUACGCCAUGUAUGGCUUGAAAUCCGCCAAGCCGACGCGAGUUGCUUUGAUCAAUCUGAAAGAGUGGCAUGAGGAUGAGAACCCUGCCUUGAGUCCUAGACGCGAUCAUGUCACAGUUGCACUCGAUGUCGGCGAGGAGACAAAAUCCGUCACCAUUAAGCGCAUGCAGUCGGAGAAGGGGUCGACGGCCCUCGGCUUUGAUCAGAGCAUUGAGCAGGGUAGACCUUGGGAGAAUGUGACUUGGGCAGGUGAGCAAUGGAGUCACAAAGUAGACAUGGGAAAGGGCCAUUUUGUAUCAGGCCCUCAGGAAGAGAAGGUGGAGGUUAGCCAAGGGAAGGUUCAUGUCGUUGUGCCCGAUACCGAAGCCGUGAUCGUGUUUUUGAGCUAG